CUCGCGCAGAAAGUGUCGCUCUGAACGGUGAAGGAAGCGACAUAGCUGAUUGUACAAUAACGCGUUUAUAUAAGAGGGUUUAAGAAGAGGAGAAAUGACGGAAAGAAUAGCGCCCUGCGGUAACCUGUGUGAUAAGAGCUCGCUCCUGCUUCGCUAUUAUAACGAUGAUAACCUUUCGGCAGGGAGUGGGAUGGAGAUGGAUGACCGUCUGUCUCACCUGGAGCAGAGGGUACAGCUGCAGGAGGAUGAGAUCCAGCUGCUGAAGUCUGCGCUAGCUGAUGCUUUACGCAGACUUGGCUACUGCGAAGAGCUCACACAGGCCAGCAACAGAAAGGGCGCACCAACCAAAGUUCGACAAAUUCUACAAGGGCUUCCUUCCAAACCUUUAGCCAAUGGUUAUGUUGAGCAAAGAAGAAUGGGUGGCUUUCCAUCCUCACCUUCCUCUCCUAAAAAAGAAUCCCUAAUAUCUAUCAAAAGAAAAAGUAUGUCCACCGAGCGUCUCUCCACAGCCAGAAAGGAUCUUGCAGAUUCACGCAGCAGAACCACCUCAUCCAGCAGCAUUGCCAGUGGCAAAAGAGACAGUAAAUCCAAAGAGUGCACCUAUAACGCUGAGGAUGGGUAUGUUAGGAUGUUUCUUCGUGGCCGCCCAGUUACCAUGCAUGUACCUGACCAACUGAGGGAAAGCUACAGCCUUGAGCAGAAGGUGCCACUCCCAGAGAGCAAGCUUAAACUUCAGUGGGUUUAUGGGUACAGGGGGCGAGACUGCCGCUCUAACCUCUACCUGCUGCCAACCGGAGAGAUUGUCUACUUCAAUGCGUCUGUGGUUGUGCUGUAUAAUGUGGAUGAACAGCAGCAGAGACACUAUCUGGGUCACAAUGAUGAUGUAAAAUGUUUGGCUAUCCACCCUGACAUGGUCACCAUAGCAACGGGACAAGUUGCUGGCACAUCCAAAGAUGGCAAACUGCUGGCUCCACAUGUUCGUGUCUGGGACUCUGUUAGUCUGAACACACUACAUGUGAUUGGGACAGGUGUGUUUGACCGGGCUGUUACCUGUGUGGCCUUCUCUAAAUCGAAUGGUGGUGCCUAUCUGUGUGCAGUUGAUGAUGCAAAUGACCACAUCCUGUCUGUGUGGGACUGGCAAAAAGAGAAGCAAAUCGCUGAUGUGAAGUGUUCAAAUGAAUCUGUGCUAGGGGCCGUCUUCCACCCCAUGGAGGCUAACCACAUUGUCACCUGUGGAAAGUCCCACCUCAAUUUCUGGACUAUAGAAGGAAACACUCUGACCAAGCGUCAGGGACUGUUUGAGAAACAUGAGAAACCCAAGUAUGUGCUGUGUGUAGCAUUUGCUGAAAAUGGAGACGCAAUAACAGGAGACUCAGGUGGAAACAUCUACAUUUGGGCUAAAGGCAGUAACAGAAUCAGUCAGGCGGUUGCAGCAGCACACGAAGGCGGGAUCUUCUCCCUGUAUGUGCUGAAGGAUGGUACACUGGUGUCAGGAGGAGGGAAGGAUCGCAGAGUGGUGCUAUGGGACCAUGAAUACCAAAAACAAAAUGAGAUGGCGGUUCCUGAGGCGUUUGGACCUGUUCGCACUUUAACCGAGGGAAAACAAGAUGAAUUAUUUGUGGGCACAACCAAAAAUGCCAUCCUGCAAGGCUCUUUCUCUGGUGCACUCACACCCAUUGUUCAGGGUCACACAGAUGAGCUGUGGGGUCUGGACGUGCACCCCAGCAUGAAACAGUUUGUAACCUGUGGUCAAGACAAGCAGGUUCACCUGUGGGACGUUACCUCCCAUCAGCCUCUGUGGAACAAGGCCAUUGAGGACCCAGGACGUUCUGCUGGCUUCCACCCUAGCGGCACUGUGCUUGCUGUGGGCACCAUGACUGGAAGGUGGCUCGUUCUUGACACAGACACCAGGGAUCUUAUUUCUAUGCAUACCGAUGGAAAUGAAAUCAUCUCCAACGUGAAAUACUCUCCAGAUGGUGCAUACCUGGCUGUGGGCUCCCAUGACAACUUUGUUUACAUUUACGCUGUGACUGAAAACGGGAGGAAAUACAGCCGCAUUAGCAAAUGCACUGGCCAUUCAAGUUUUGUUACUCACUUAGACUGGUCCACCAACAGCCAGUAUCUUGUCACAAACUCAGGGGACUAUGAAAUCUUGUACUGGGAGGCUUCUACUGGGAAACAUAUUACCAGUGCAGAUGUGGUCCGUAACCUUGAAUGGGCCUCUUCCACAUGUGUGCUGAGUUUCAGUGUCUUUGGCAUCUGGCCAGACGGUGCUGAUGGCACAGACAUCAAUGCUGUUUGCAGGUCAAAUAACCGCAGUGUUCUGGCCUCAGCCGAUGAUUUCGGCAAAGUGCGUUUGUUCUCAAACCCCUGUUCUCAGUCAAGGGCACCCAGUCAUGUAUAUGGUGGACACAGCAGCCAUGUGACCAACAUUGCCUUUCUGCAUGAUGACAGCCAGCUUGUCUCUACUGGGGGGAAGGACACCAGCAUCCUUCAGUGGGCACUUGUCUGAUUAUGCCUGUGCAAACCUGCUGCUUAGUUACUCAAGCCUCCUGCCCAAUAGAGGGCAGCACUGCUGUGCCUACUUUGCAUUACAUAGUUCUGUCAGUCCGUAGUCUUGUACCACUGAAUGUUUCACAACACAGAUGUCCUUACACAGAUGCUAGUCCAAGAUCAGAAUUUGGGGCUUUUUUUGAACAUAAGUAAAAGUAGGAAGAACCUGCAUUGUGUACCAUGCUGAUUAAUGAUUAAUGGAAUCUCUGGAAAUAAGAAAAAGGCAUGUCCUAAUUAUUUAGCCAUAUUUACGCCUAUUAUAAAAGUUUUAGCCUCAUAAAUAAUAUAUUAUGCAGUAACUGUGUGGACAUGUGAUGUAAUACAUGUUGUGGCAAUUAGUGCUUUAUAUUUAUCUAGGAAUAAACCUAAGCUGUGCUUUGCCUUCAUUUUCUUAAUAAAAUUUCUACUGUACUGCACUAUA